AAAAAUGUGAAGACUCAUGCCUCUCCAGCCUCAGCCUUCUCACUCUCCAAAUGUUCACCGUGUGCGCUCUCUCCGGCUCACCGUGGCGAGCUGUGGCUUAGAAAUACAGACUUCUAAACUUUACAGAAAGAAGAAGAACAGGGAGAGAAGCAGAGUAAACGCCGAAGCUGUGAGAGUUUGUGGGGGGAACUCUUUGGGGAGGUUUUACGCACAGCGCAGGCAGGAUGCAGGCGCGCUACUCCGUCUCCAGUCCCAACUCUUUGGGAGUUGUUCCGUACAUCAGCAGCGACCAGAGCUACUACCGAGCCGGCGGGGGAUACACCGGGAUGCCUGCCCCCAUGAGUAUGUACUCUCACGCGGCCCACGACCAGUACCCGGCCAGCAUGGCGCGCGCGUACGGGCCGUACACGCCUCAGCACCAGCCGAAGGACAUGGUGAAGCCUCCGUACAGCUACAUCGCCCUCAUCACCAUGGCCAUCCAGAACUCUCCAGAGAAGAAGAUCACCCUGAACGGGAUCUAUCAGUUCAUCAUGGAGAGGUUCCCCUUCUACAGAGACAACAAGCAGGGCUGGCAGAACAGCAUCAGGCACAACCUCUCCCUCAACGAGUGCUUCGUCAAAGUGCCCCGGGACGAUAAGAAGCCCGGGAAGGGCAGCUACUGGACCCUGGACCCGGACUCCUACAACAUGUUUGAGAAUGGCAGCUUCCUACGGCGCAGGAGGAGGUUCAAAAAGAAGGACGUUCAGAGGGAAAAGGAGGACAGGCAGAGUAAAGACGCCAGGGAACAGGACCCUCCAAGGCCGGGCUCUCAGCCGGUCCGAAUCCAGGAUAUAAAGACUGAGAACGGGACUGUAACUCCUCCACAGGCCGCUUCUCCUGCUCUGAGCGCAGUGCCAAAGAUCGAGAGCCCGGACAGCAGCAGCAUGUCCACGGGGAGCCCGCACAGCGUGCCUUCCGGAGCCGAGCAGCAGCACCACGGCGCGGCCGCGGCGCAGCCUGGCUUCAGCGUGGAUAAUAUAAUGACCAGCCUGCGUGGGUCUCCACAGGGCGAGCUCUCUCCGCCUCUCAUCGCCUCCUCUCGGACAGGUAUCACCCCCUCACUGUCACUGAACUACUCCCCCAACCAGAGCUCCGGGUAUAGCUCCACCACCUGCAACCAGAACGUCAUCUCCACGAACAGCGCCACCUAUCAGUGCAACAUGCAGGCCAUGAGCCUGUAUGCGGGGGACAGGUCCUCUGGAGGACACCUGGCUCCGUCCACCACGGUGGAAGAGGCUCUGCCCGACUACUGCAUCACAACGACCACCGGGACCGUGAGCCAGGCGGGACAGGACGGCCACCACGCGCACCAGGGCCGGCUCGCGUCAUGGUACGGAGAUCUGAGCCACCUUAGCCCGGGUUAUCCGGCGCAGCAGCAGAACUUCCAUUCGGUGCGGGAGAUGUUUGAGUCCCAGCGGAUCGGACUGAACGGCUCCCCGGUGAACGGGAAUAACAGCUGUCAGAUGGCCUUCCCGUCCGGCCAGUCCCUGUACCGAACCUCAGGAGCGUUUGUUUAUGACUGCAGCAAGUUCUGAGACCACAGAGCUUUAAAUUAAGAACUAACGGGGUGAAUUCAGGGAUGUUGGGGCUUUUUAAAAAUUUUCUGCCCUCUUUUAGCUUUCAUAGAAAAAUCCAUUCUCAUACAUUUCCAUAACACUGAAGAUGUGAGCUGUCCAUUUCAGGAGAAAAGAAGCUUUUAUUCUUUUCCAAGGAGGAAUGAUCUGCGCCUGGGAUGGACGACCAAGAGGGCUAAAUUCAUUUUAUUCUCGCUGUCAGAGGGCCAAAUUAAUAACAACUGCAGGAAAUUUAAAAAUAGGUAACUAGCAGGUCAUUAUUUUUAGUUUAACAAAAUGAACAAGUAUACCUUUCUCUUGAAUUUAUGAUACUAACAUUUGUAUCAAUUAAACUGAAAUUCAAAGAUUGUUGCUUAAUCUAAUGAUCCAAUGUUUGAAUUUAAGCCUAUUUAAGCUACUUUUCAAUUCAAUAUGCAGAAAUUUUACCAUCUGUUAGAGCUUGUUUUACUCAUAUUUUCCCCCCAAAAGUGGGAAAUAUAUAUUUGGAGAAAUUUGUGGAUUUCUUUAAUAUUUAUACAAAUAGAAAUCAAUUUAAAAGCUUUUUAGAGAGACAGCUAUUGCCACACUUCUUGCAAAGACUAAAACAAAUAGGCGGUCAAAGAUAAAGUUUGCAUUUUUCAUGCUUUUGGUCAUUGUGGACUGUGUUAGUGUGUAAUUGCAAUUAAAUGUAGCCCAAUACUUUCGACAUGUUUACAAUUUUUUGAUACCAAAGAGGGACCUCUGGGCCACACUGUGAGAAAAGGGGGCCGCAUUUGGCCCCUAGACCAACCGUUGUCCACCCCUGGUCUACACUGUUGUGUAAACUGGUCCAAAACCAUUUUUACAGGUAAUAUUUGGGUGAUAUGAACAGUACAUUUAAUCACUGACGACAGCUACUAUUUGCUUAUUAUAUUUUUUGCUUUAAAUUAGUUCAAAUGGCGCUUCAUUUCAGAAUGUAGGCUAAUUGAACAGAUUUAAUAGAUUUAACACACAAACCACCGGAAGUAAUUUCGGCUUCCGUCUGACAUAGCCAUUAUUUAGCCCAAAAUUAGUGAUUAAAAAUGGGCUAACCUGAAAGUGACAGUGUUUUAGGUUUCACUUUAUGACCAAAAUUGUAUAUAUUUUUUGGUAAACAGUGGCCAAAUACGUCUUUUAGUGUAUUUUUGCUGCUUAGGAGGGCUACGUUGUUAUGCUAGCUUAAAAUGGACAAGCAGGAUUUUACGAGAGAGUUUCUUGCUAGCUAGUAGCCAGAAAAAGACACACACACACAGCAAAAUCCAUAUUAUUACUGGACAUUUUGUGUUUUUAGUGGUCUAAACACCGUAAGAAAAUGGCAGCCACCAUAUGGCGUAUACUGAGCUUACAUAAAAGCUUUCUUUUAGCUUACACAGUUGCUAAUUUCUUCAAAAUAAAAGCCCCCAAAAUCCCCAGUUUAAUCCAAAAAAUAAAAAACAUACCAUAAAUAUUUUUACAGGUUUUGUUGCAGUAUUACUCAUCUUUCAAGCUUACUUAAAAAGUUAAAGCUAGCUGGAGCAUUUUGUGAAUAAAACAUGAAUUACAUCAGUUACAUAAAUUACAUGGCGGGUCUCAGCUUCGAAAAAGAAAUAUAAGAGGUUUAUUUUCUGUCACUGGGCGAGGGAAUCUACCCUCUUUGUGUACUUAUCCCAUUCGACCUUAGGUCCCAACUCCCCUGAAUUCACCCUAUAGGCCUAUGUUUGAUAUUUUUGUAUUUUUGGUCUUUUAUUCUCCUCCGAAUGGACAUAAAGAGAUUCAGAGACUUUUUUUUCAGUCGAGGCGUGUGUAACUCCACAAACACGUAAGUUUUCUUCCUCCUCUCACUUUGAGACUUGUUUAUAAAGAUGCUCAAAUACCAGCUUCUGUAAAUUAUAGCCUAAUAAUAUAGUAAUUUAUUUUGUAGGAAAAGGGAGUGGUUGGAUGUCGAGGACCAAACACUUUAAAGUUUUCCAGUUUUUCCUUUAUUCGUCCCUCUUCUUGUAUAGAAAUAGAAAAGGGGACUUUGUAGUCUGUUACUGAAUUAUUUUAUUCUUUUUGUCUUAUUUGUUAAAGAACUAUUUUUGAAGGCAUUACAUUUUGUUUGUUUAAUAAAGUGCCGUCUAUUUGAUUUUAA